CCGAAAGCCAACUCCAGAACGCAUUGGAGAAAUAAUAAUAAUUAGGAUUAUUUGAGUCGUGGGAGGAGAACCGUAGACCUUCGUGAAGUCUUCUCUUCAUUCUUUCGUUGUGUUUAGGCCUGUACAUACGCGCAGAUUUCUUUGUCGAGUUUAGGCAGCUCUCCGCCGGCAAGACUAGCCGCUCUUCUAGCCGAGCUGCCGGCUUACACUGUUUACGUACGGCGGUAGCAUACCGUAAAGGGAAUUGCCUUCUCAUCAUACUUUUAUGUCCUCAAGCAAGUCGCAGCUGGGAAGCCUCGGUAUACAAGCGCCUGUUUUGAAUCCGCAAAUAGUUCACGUUUCUGCGACCACAUGCAAUGAUAUGUCAUUAUUCAAAGACCUGUUGAGGGAGUAUCGGAAGCUGGAUGACACGAUAACCAUGCGAUUAAAUCGUGCGAAUGCUGUUAUGCGAACAGUCCAGGAUCAAGCAUGCUCUUACUUGUGGCAAGAAUUAAUGGCAAAUUGGAGUCGCCGUACACAACUCGUCCAAUACUGCGUUGACGUCGUAGACAAAUCGUUACAAGACAAAAAGAACAUCGUUCAGGAUAACGCGUCGAGCCCGGCAGAACAGCGGAAAGCACAGGCUGAAAUGUACACUGACCAAGUCAAGUAUUUCGAACCGCCAGCAACUGAUGAAGAGGGUAGGAAGAUGUGGUUUGAAUAGUUUGCGACCCGGCCCUGAAGGCAGUCUCAUCACGUGACUGUACGAUGACGUAGUUAAACUUCAUCUUACGCGAAAAUGACGCGUUGCUGGCAGCU